GUGAAGAAAUUGGUGGAUUUCUUGUACGAGGAUCUUCCACACCUCUUUGAUGAUCAGGGGAUUGAUCGUACUGCUUAUGACGAACUGGUCAAGUUUAGAGACCCCAUCACGAAACAUGAUAGCAUAAGUGGCUACCUUUUUAAUAUUUCCAUGUUGAGGAAGCUCUUCGCCCCCGAUUUUCAGUUGCAUUGGGCUAAACAGACAGGACCUUAUGAAAUUACUACAAGGUGGACUAUGGUGAUGAAGUUCAUUCUUCUCCCUUGGAAACCUGAAUUAGUCUUCACAGGUACUUCUGUUAUGGGAAUCAAUCCAGAAACUAAGAAAUUCUGCAGUCAUGUGGAUUACUGGGAUUCUAUAGAGAACAAUGAGUACUUUUCUGUGGAGGGACUACUAGACGUGGUAAAGCAGCUGCGGAUUUACAAGACUCCAGAGAUGGAAACACCAAAAUAUCAAAUACUGAAAAGAACUGCAAAUUAUGAGGUGAGAAAGUAUGAGCCUUUUAUUGUCGUUGAAACAGAUGGGGACAAGCUGUCUGGUUCUCGCGGUUUCAAUUCAGUUGCUGGGUACAUAUUUGGAAAGAAUUCGGCAGGGGAGAAGAUACCGAUGACAACUCCGGUGUUCACUCAGGCAUUUGAUCCGGAUAUCUCC